GAGAACUGCCUGGGUGUUGGCCGCGUAUAAAUGCCACAAACUGGCCUCGCCUCGCUAGAGGCGGCGGCCGACAGAACGCGCUUCGAGGCCCGGUAGCAAGGGGACUAGUCUCGCCUGGACAUCGUCACCGCUAUGGGCGCCGCCGGCCGCCUGCUGGGUAUGGGGGAGAGGCAUGGGUCGGCAGACUCGCUCAUGAGUCGGUCCACUCGGCCUCACCAAGAUUCAGAUCGAGUCCCGAGUCCGGUUCUUCGCCACUGCGUGGAUCGCUGUGCUGCACUCAACAGUGGCAAUGGCGGCGAGCUACGGCCCCGUCAGCGCGGGCCCCCGCAUGGUUCCGAUCAGCGUGACUAGGAAUCUGCGGAGCAACAGCUAUACCGCUACGGGGGUCCUCCAAGUAGCGGGGAGCAGCUUAUCAGAGGUCGCCGGGUCGGGCCGUCGUCGCUCGGCAAUGCGGAACGGUGCCCCGGGAAGGAAAACACCCGGUGACGACUUCGGAGUCAGCUACAUCGGCAGCCCGCCUGGCUCCGAGGAAACCGGCGACUGGACGGAUCUGGUGGUUUCCAAGCUGCGCAUGCAGGCCAAGCCCAGCCUGGAUGCUGAACCGCGGCCUGACAGGCGACGCAGGCCGCCGGCCGCCCCCGCCGAGAAGAAGCCCAUCUACGUGCCUCGGUUCGCUACUGCAGCCGGCGCCGCCCCCGACGGCAACGUCGGCAGACGCAGCAACAGUCGACCAGCGCGAGCUAAGUCGCCGCGCUACAUGUACUGGAAGACCGUCUCCUACACGUCAUUUCCGUACUACGGAUUUGGCUACGGACCGUACGGCUUUGGAUACGGCUGGAAGCCGUACGGCCCGUGGAUGACGUACGGCUAGAUGGGCUUCUGAGAAAUCGAGCCGCCUGCGGUUCCUCUGUUAUUCUCAGCUGUGCGCACCCUGUUAAUGCUGACGGAAGUGGCUGUGGAGACUUUCUUGUUUUUCUACCACUUUUCGUCCCUUUUAGUGAAACCACGGCGCACGGGACAUGUGAAAAUUAUAGACCGCACGUGCUUUACGCGGAACUUGAACUUCCCGUUGCUUGCUGGGUCACUCCUUGAAGAGUAAGCGCGGGCUGCAUGUGAAUAAAUGACAACAAAAAAAUC